AAACGCAAUAUUUGCGUACACGGUCGCACUGCCCUCAUAAUAUUUUGGUCUAUUUUUAAUUGUAAAUACUAGAAGAAUUACCAAAUAAAAUACACCAUCGAGGAUAUGGCGCUCAUUAUUUAAAAUAAAAUAACGCAAUAAGGGCUAAAACAGCAAAUACACAAAUUCCAAAGCACACACAAAACUGUCGACGGCAGCAAAGCGAUGAGCAAAGUGCGCAGGCUGUACCAUCAGAAAUAUCGGGAAGAAUGGGAGAGAUGCCCAUCGUUUGAAGAUUGGCUCUCCCGAGGCGAGGAUGGCCUGUCGGCCCACUGUAAAAUAUGCAAUGCGAACGUGUUGGCGCGACUCGCAUCUAUCAAGCAACACCACUGCACAGCCAAACACCAAAAGGCUCUCCAACUGCAUCAAAUCGAGGACAUGGGCAUUCCGGUUAUGUUGAAGCAGGAAGCAACGCAAAAGUAUAUUAUUUCAUGUAAAUCGAAAUCGAAAUCAAAGCGUCUCAAGACAAUUAAAAUUGAAUCGGUUGAAUCAUUGGAUCCCAAUACAAAUUCAAAUGAUUCGAUAUUGGAGGAUUUGUUGGGCAGCGAUGAUAUGGAACAAGAAUAUAUGCAGGUGAGCGAAACGGAAAUGGAUACAGAAACUAAGCCCGAUACGUUUCAAGAGGAUAGAUAUGAUGAGAUGCAGGACGAUAAUAUAACAGACGAAAAUAUUAUAAGCGAGUUUGAUCUGUUUGGCAAGAGCGUGUCCCUACAACUAAACAACAUGGAAUUGGAGGACGCAUUGCUGUGCCAGGAGCGUUUACAGGUAGUCCUCACAGAGUUCAGACUAAAGAUACUAAAGCGUAAGGCGAAGCGUCAAUUUUAAGCUUGAUUUUAAUCC